AUGAUGACCGAUACUCAGGAUGGCCCUAGUGAGAGCUCCCAGAUCAUGAGGUCCCUCACUCCCCUGAUCAAUGGGGAGGAGACAUUUGGGGAGGCUGGGGAGGCGGGGCUGUGGCCCAGCAUCACCCACAUUCCUGAUUCACAGGAAGAAGGCCUGAACGACGUACAGGAGAUGAUCAAAACGGAGAAGUCCUACCCUGAGCGUCGCCUGCGAGGCGUCCUGGAGGAGCUGAGCUGUGGCUGCUGCCACUUCCUCUCCCUGGCUGACAAGGACCAGGGCCACUCAUCCCGCACCAGGCUUGACCGGGAGCGCCUCAAGUCCUGCAUGAGGGAGCUGGAAAGCAUGGGGCAGCAGGCCAGGAUGCUGCGGGCCCAGGUGAAGCGGCACACGGUGCGGGACAAGCUGAGGCUGUGCCAGAACUUCCUGCAGAAGCUGCGCUUCCUGGCGGACGAGCCCCAGCACAGUAUUCCCGACAUCUUCAUCUGGAUGAUGAGCAACAACAAGCGUGUCGCCUAUGCCCGUGUGCCCUCCAAGGACCUGCUCUUCUCCAUCGUGGAGGAGGAGACUGGCAAGGACUGCGCCAAGGUCAAGACGCUCUUCCUCAAGUUGCCAGGGAAGCGGGGCUUCGGCUCGGCAGGCUGGACAGUGCAGGCCAAGGUGGAGCUCUACCUGUGGCUGAGCCUCAGCAAACAGCGCAAGGAGUUCCUGUGCGGCCUGCCCUGUGGCUUCGAGGAGGUCAAGGCGGCCCAGGGCCUGGGUCUGCAUGCCUUCCCGCCCGUCAGCCUGGUCUACACCAAGAAGCAGGCGUUCCAGCUCCGAGCCCACAUGUACCAGGCCCGCAGCCUCUUUGCCGCAGACAGCAGCGGACUCUCAGACCCCUUCGCUCGGGUCUUCUUCAUCAAUCAGAGUCAGUGCACAGAGGUGCUGAAUGAGACCCUGUGUCCCACCUGGGACCAGAUGCUGGUGUUCGACAACCUAGAGCUCUAUGGUGAAGCUCAUGAGCUGAGGGAUGAUCCGCCCAUCAUUGUCAUCGAAAUCUACGACCAGGAUUCCAUGGGUAAAGCUGACUUCAUGGGCCGGACCUUCGCCAAACCCCUGGUGAAGAUGGCAGACGAGGUGUACUGCCCACCCCGCUUCCCGCCCCAGCUCGAGUACUACCAGAUCUACCGUGGCAACGCCACAGCUGGAGACCUGCUGGCGGCCUUCGAGCUGCUGCAGAUUGGACCAGCAGGGAAGGCUGACCUGCCCCCCAUCAAUGGCCCGGUGGACGUGGACCGAGGUCCCAUCAUGCCUGUGCCUGUGGGCAUCCGGCCCGUGCUCAGCAAGUACCGAGUGGAGGUGCUGUUCUGGGGCCUACGGGACCUAAAGCGGGUGAACCUGGCCCAGGUGGACCGGCCACGGGUGGACAUCGAGUGUGCAGGGAAGGGGGUGCAGUCGUCCCUGAUCCACAAUUAUAAGAAGAACCCCAACUUCAACACCCUCGUCAAGUGGUUUGAAGUGGACCUCCCAGAGAACGAGCUGCUGCACCCGCCCUUGAACAUCCGUGUGGUGGACUGUCGGGCCUUCGGUCGCUACACACUGGUGGGCUCCCAUGCCGUCAGCUCUCUGCGACGCUUCAUCUACCGGCCCCCAGACCGCUCGGCCCCCAGCUGGAACACCACGGUUAGGCUUCUCCGGCGCUGCCGUGUGCUGUGCAAUGGGGGCUCCUCCUCUCACUCCACAGGGGAGGUUGUGGUGACUAUGGAGCCAGAGGUACCCAUCAAGAAACUGGAGACCAUGGUGAAGCUGGACGCGACUUCUGAAGCUGUUGUCAAGGUGGAUGUGGCUGAGGAGGAGAAGGAGAAGAAGAAGAAGAAGAAGAAGGGCACUGCGGAGGAGCUGGAGGAGGAGGAGCCAGAUGAGAGCAUGCUGGAUUGGUGGUCCAAGUACUUUGCCUCCAUUGACACCAUGAAGGAGCAACUUCGACAACAAGAGCCCUCUGGAACUGACUUGGAGGAGAAGGAGGAAGUGGACAAUACCGAGGGCCUGAAGGGGUCAAUGAAGGGCAAGGAGAAGGCAAGGGCUGCCAAAGAGGAGAAGAAGAAGAAAACCCAGAGCUCUGGCUCUGGCCAGGGGUCCGAGGCCCCCGAGAAGAAGAAACCCAAGAUUGAUGAGCUUAAGGUGUACCCCAAAGAGCUGGAGUCCGAGUUUGAUAACUUUGAGGACUGGCUGCACACUUUCAACCUGCUUCGGGGCAAGACCGGGGAUGACGAGGAUGGCUCCACUGAGGAGGAGCGCAUUGUGGGACGCUUCAAGGGCUCCCUCUGCGUGUACAAAGUGCCACUCCCAGAGGACGUGUCCCGGGAAGCCGGCUACGACUCCACCUAUGGCAUGUUCCAGGGCAUCCCAAGCAAUGACCCCAUCAAUGUGCUGGUCCGAGUCUAUGUGGUCCGGGCCACGGACCUGCACCCUGCCGACAUCAACGGCAAAGCUGACCCCUACAUCGCCAUCCGGCUAGGCAAGACUGACAUCCGUGACAAGGAGAAUUACAUCUCCAAGCAGCUCAACCCAGUCUUCGGGAAGUCCUUUGACAUUGAGGCCUCCUUCCCCAUGGAAUCCAUGCUGACGGUGGCUGUGUAUGACUGGGACCUGGUGGGCACUGAUGACCUCAUUGGGGAAACCAAGAUCGACCUGGAGAACCGCUUCUACAGCAAGCACCGUGCCACCUGCGGCAUCGCCCAGACCUACUCCACACACGGCUACAAUAUCUGGCGGGACCCCAUGAAGCCCAGCCAGAUCCUGACCAGCCUCUGCAAAGAUGGCAAAGUGGAUGGCCCCCACUUUGGGCCCCCUGGGAGAGUGAAGGUGGCCAACCGCGUCUUCACUGGGCCCUCUGAGAUUGAGGACGAGAACGGUCAGAGGAAGCCCACAGACGAGCACGUGGCGCUGUCAGCCCUGAGGCACUGGGAGGACAUCCCCCGCGCGGGCUGCCGCCUGGUGCCAGAGCACGUGGAGACGAGGCCGCUGCUCAACCCCGACAAGCCAGGCAUCGAGCAGGGCCGCCUGGAGCUGUGGGUGGACAUGUUCCCCAUGGACAUGCCAGCCCCUGGGACGCCUCUGGACAUCUCCCCUCGGAAGCCCAAGAAGUACGAGCUGCGGGUCAUCAUCUGGAACACGGAUGAGGUGGUCUUGGAGGACGACGACUUCUUCACAGGGGAGAAGUCCAGUGACAUCUUCGUGAGGGGGUGGCUGAAGGGCCAGCAGGAGGACAAGCAGGACACAGACGUCCACUACCACUCCCUCACUGGUGAGGGCAACUUCAACUGGCGCUACCUGUUCCCCUUCGACUACCUGGCGGCGGAGGAGAAGAUCGUCAUCUCCAAGAAGGAGUCCAUGUUCUCCUGGGACGAGACCGAGUACAAGAUCCCCGCGCGGCUCACCCUGCAGAUCUGGGAUGCGGACCACUUCUCCGCUGACGACUUCCUGGGGGCCAUCGAGCUGGACCUGAACCGGUUCCCACGGGGCGCAAAGACAGCCAAGCAGUGCACCAUGGAGAUGGCCACCGAGGAGGUGGACGUGCCCCUCAUGUCCAUCUUCAAGCAAAAGCGCGUCAAAGGCUGGUGGCCCCUCCUGGCUCGCAAUGAGAACGAUGAGUUUGAGCUCACGGGCAAGGUGGAGGCUGAGCUGCAUUUACUGACAGCGGAGGAGGCAGAGAAGAACCCAGUGGGCCUGGCCCGCAACGAACCUGACCCCCUAGAGAAACCCAACCGGCCCGACACGAGCUUCAUCUGGUUCCUGAACCCUCUCAAGUCGGCUCGCUACUUCUUGUGGCACACGUAUCGCUGGCUGCUCCUCAAACUGCUGCUGCUCCUGCUGCUGCUUCUCCUCCUCGCCCUGUUCCUCUACUCUGUGCCUGGCUACCUGGUCAAGAAGAUCCUUGGGGCCUGAGCCCAGCGGCCUCCUGGCCGGCCUGACACGGCCUUCGUCUGGUUCCUCAACCCUCUCAAGUCCAUCAAGUACCUCAUCUGCACCCGGUACAAGUGGCUCAUCAUCAAGAUCGUGCUGGCGCUGUUGGGGCUGCUCAUGUUGGGGCUCUUCCUCUACAGCCUCCCUGGCUACAUGGUCAAAAAGCUCCUUGGGGCAUGAAGGCCGCCAGCUCCCGCCAGCCGCUCCCCAGCCCUGCC